UGUUUAUUUUGACGUGGAGCUUGUUGUUUGGGUCCACUUUACGCGUUGCAUUCCGGUUCGCGGCAGGUUGUUCCUUCUUUCAGGAGUUAAUUUAAUUUGUUAAUGUAAAGUUUGCGGAAAAGUUUAACCAUGCCAGAGAACAAGUAUUCCAUUUUGCUUCCCACCUACAAUGAGAAGGACAAUCUACCCAUUAUAAUCUGGUUGAUUGUGAAGUACAUGCAGGAAUCCAAAAUCGACUACGAAGUGAUCGUCAUCGACGAUGGCAGCCCGGACGGUACGCUGGAGGUCGCCAAGCAGCUGCAGAAGAUCUACGGCGAGGACCGCAUUCUGCUCCGUCCGCGGGCCUCCAAGCUGGGCCUGGGAACCGCCUACAUCCACGGCAUCGAACACGCCAGCGGAAACUACAUCAUCAUCAUGGACGCCGACCUAAGCCAUCACCCCAAGUUCAUCCCGCAGUUCAUCGACCUCCAAAAAUCAAAUAACCUCGACGUGGUCUCCGGAACGCGCUACAGCGGCGCCGGCGGCGUCUACGGGUGGGACUUCAAGCGCAAGCUCAUCUCCCGCGGCGCCAACUUCCUGUCCCAGCUGUUGCUGAGGCCGAACGCUUCGGAUCUGACCGGAUCGUUCCGGCUGUACAAAAAGGAAGUCCUGAAGGAGCUCAUCUCGCGUUGCAAGUCCAAGGGGUACGUGUUCCAGAUGGAGAUGAUUGUGCGGGCUCGGCAGCUGGGCUAUACCGUGGGGGAGGUUCCGAUUUCGUUUGUGGAUCGCGUGUACGGACAGAGCAAGCUCGGCGGGUCGGAGAUUGUGCAGUUUGCGAAGAAUUUGCUGAUUUUGUUUGCGACGACGUAGAUUGUGCGGAGGGGGACUGAAUGGAACUUCAAAUGUAUGUAUUUUAG